AUGUGCGACGCGACGUCGGCAAACUGGCGGCAACCUCCUUCAUCAUCGUUGAAACGUAAAUGCGAUCGAAGUGAAUCCCCUAAUUCUGCGUUAAAACGAAGAUUUCGAACGAAUUUCACCGAGGCUCAAUCGCUUUUACUCGAAGAGGCGUUCCAAGAAUCUCAUUAUCCUGAUCAAACCGCUAAAAAAGGUAUGGCAGAGAAACUGGACAUACCGGAAGAUAGGAUUACGGUCUGGUUCCAGAAUCGGCGAGCAAAGUGGAGACGUAAGGAGAUGAGAGAAAAGGAAAAAUCCCGAUACGAUCAAUUCUCCUCAAAUGGCUAUUGUUUCGAUACAAAUUAUCGUUACGAUUGUACAACAAACUAUAAUUUUGGGAUAUCAACAAUUCCACCGGAACAACCACCACAAUCUUCCACAUGUCAACUAUUCGUCACAUCACCAUGUCAUCAAUUGUAA